CUAAAUUUUAGCUUCAUUACCGAAUGCUCAAUAUCCUCGGAGCAACGACAAAGUUACGAUCAAACAAGAUGAACACCAAACAGUUGAUGUGUUUGUUAGUGGCGGCCUUAGUGCUUAUAGCGACUGCUCCGGUAGCAAACGCUCAAUAUGAUUACGGAUAUGGCGGUAACAACUAUGGUUACCCCGGAAACUAUGGCUACGGGGGAAACUAUGGCGGGUAUCCAGGAAAUUAUGGCGACUAUGACAACUAUGGCGACUAUGACAACUAUAAUGGCGGAUGGUUAUACAAACUCAUCGGAGGGGGUGGCAAAGGCAAAGGCAAAUGGGGUGGUUACGGCAAAUAAUAAAUGUCGUAAAGCAUUGCUUAAAGGAAAACGCAUCUAACUAGACCAUACUUGGAUACAUGUACAGCAACCGUUUCCUUGUAAUUUACGUUCAAAUAAAGUUGUACACAUCAAUACAUUAACUAAAUCGCAAA